AUGGCGGAAUGCAGCUCGGCCCUUCACACGUCCAUGCCCCACGGCACCCUGGUGGAGGGUGCCUGCGCCUUCCUCUUCCACCUGACCCUGCUCCGGUUACAGCACAGCCCUCCCGCCCUCAGGGUGCCGGCUGUGGCGCUGCUGGUCACUGUUCUGGCCUACACAGCCGGGCCCUUUACGUCCGCCUUCUUUAACCCUGCGUUGGCCUCUGCCGUCACCUUCCGCUGCUCGGGGCACACCUUGCUGGAGUAUGUCCAGGUGUACUGGCUGGGCCCUCUGACAGGGAUGGUCCUGGCUGUCCUGCUGUAUCAGGGCAACCUCCCCUGGCUUUUUCAGAAGAACCUGUUCUACAGCCAGAAGAGCAAGUAUCGAACCCCCAGAGGGAAGGCAGCCCCAGGGCCUGGGCACCCCCAGAUUCCUGCAAAGGGGGGGAGCAGCAGGGACCCUGGGCGGAGCAGGGCAGGGCGGGCACUGCAUCCCAAUUGA